AAUCGUAUCUCCUAACAACAGGUUGUGUCGAUAGUUAAGUCUGAGUAGGACGUAAAUCUUGUAAUUAUUAAUAAUUUUUAGAUCUAGUAUAAAAAUUAAAUUGCGUUUAACAAAUCCUCAUAAGUUGUAGAGAAAGGUGUGGCUGAAGAAUGUGGCCUGUGCUGGCGAUCGUCGCUCUAGGGCUGGGCAUCUGGCUGCGUUGGAUCCACAAGAACCGUCGAAUGCUGAAUAUGGCAAAACAACUCCCGGGACCACCAGCAUUACCGAUUAUUGGAAAUGCUUUCUUAUUUAUGGUAGAGCCACUAGAGUUCGUAAGAGUGAUAAAAGAUCUCAUGACAAAAUAUGGAGGUGUGUUCAGGGCUUGGCUUGGCCCAGACUUGAAUAUCAUUGUUAGCAAUCCGGAUGACGUUAAGAUUCUUCUUACAAGUAAUAAGACAACUGUGAAAGGACCACAAUACAAAUAUAUGGCACAUUUUCUCGGUGGGGGAAUUCUUACUGGAUCUGGAACCCCUUGGAGAAAACACCGUAAAAUAGCAGCACCAAAUUAUGGAAAACGAGCCAUCAAAAGUUAUGUCAAUAUUUUUAACAGCGAGGUUGACUUGCUGAUUAAAAAAUUUAUGGAAACACCUAAAGGACAACAGAUUGAUAUUAACAAGUAUAUCGUUCAAACAACUACAUAUACAGUUUGUCAAACACUCAUUGGUCUAUCUAGGGAAGAAAUGUUGGAGUUGCCGCACUUACAAACUAUUAUAGAUGAGACUCCUGAGUUAUACGACCUCAUAUUCGAUAGAAUGAGAAAAUGGUAUCUUCAGUUAAAUCCUGUUUUUUGGCUGACAAAAUUAUACAAACAACACAAGAAAUUUAUGAAAAUCAUACGGGAAUUUAGUAUGACUAUUGUAAAACAUCGAAUGGAGAAACUAAAUUCCAUUGAUGAAAAAAAAAAACAACUAUUAAAUGCUGGAGAAGAUUCUAUAAACAGCACACAAUUUAGUGUUAUAGAUAGAUUUAUACUGUCACAAGAACUAGAUCCUACUGAGUUACUAAAUGAAACUUUCACUAUUUUUACUACGAGUCAAGAAGCUUUAGCAAAAAUAUCAUCGCUCACGCUCUUGAUGAUGGCUUUCCAUCCCAAAUGUCAGGAAAAACUUCAUGCCGAAAUAGUAAGUGUAAUAGGAAAUAAAGACAGACCAGUAACGUAUGAAGAUAUCAAACAGAUGCCAUAUUUAGAUAUGGUGUUUAAGGAGGUAAUCAGGUUGUUUCCGAUUGCUGGUAUGAUGCAGAGGACAAUUACAGAGGAUAUCGCCAUCAGCACCUGCACUAUACCAGCCGGAGCAUCACUGCUCGUCCCUACGUAUCACUUGCACCGCAGUCCAAAAUAUUGGCCAAACCCAGAUGUAUUUGACCCUGAACGAUUCAGCCCUGAAAAUACAAAAACACGUAACCCAUAUUGUUACGUGCCAUUUAGUUUGGGAUCUAUGGAUUGCCUAGGUAGACAUUAUGCAGAGAAACUCGUGAAAACAAUAGUAAUAAGAAUUAUGCAGAAUUUUAAACUAUCCACACUCAAUAAGUACGAGGAUCUUAGAGUAAUCAUUGUGAUAUCAACAACAAUAAUGGAUGGCUUUCAGGCUAUAGUGACACCGAGAUAAUAAAUAGAAUUGGUUAACAGCAAAGAUCAGCAAAGUAUGAAAAGUGCAUGAGAAUUUAAUUACUUUCAUUUAUUUUAUUUAUUUUGUUAUCGAUACUUUUAAAACCCAGUUGAAAUAAAUAAUAAAAAAACA